UACAAAUAUAUCAGAAUAGGAAGCCAAACCACGUUCUUCAGCAACUCUGCAUCAUUUUCAAAUCCCUGUGCUUAUAAAUUAUAUUUAGAAAACAGAUUAGACCAUGUUUUUCCUCAGUUUAAUUAAUUUAUGGGUGUGGUUAUAAUGAAUUGGAUAGGGCCGCCUGCACUUCUUCUUCUUCCGCUGCUCUUCAACGUUGGAACAUCACAGUCCAUCAUCAAGACUCUUCCAGGUUAUUCGGGUAGUCUUCCCAUCAAACUAGAAACAGGAUACAUUGGUGCGGGAGAAAAUGAUGAAACGCAGAUAUUCUACUAUUUCAUUGAGUCUGAAAAUAAUCCUAAAACAGACCCUCUUUUGCUUUGGAUAACUGGUGGACCUGGUUGCUCUGGUUUAUCCUCUCUCGUCUAUGAAAUAGGUAAUCACUCUCUACAAAUAUGUGUAUAUAAGUUUUUGUGUCUAAAUAUGCACUAA